UGGAGUGGUGCCCUCACAAGCUGUGGCGGCGUGACGAGGGUAAAAAGGAGGGCGGCACAGUAAAGGCGAAGGAGAAAACGAGGUUUUGUAGACGGUCGACAAGAAACCACAUGCUUGUAUGGCGACCCAACAGACCAUUCGUGUCGUGCGCUGGCGGGAUGUGGGCUCCGAAGGCGUGAUGUCAUACAUGGCCCCAAAGAUGGCACAGAACCACCCGCUUCUUAUGUCCGGGCACUGGGCGCACCAGGUUCUCAACAAAGACGCGGCACAGCGAUGGAGCACCUUCACCGGAAUCAAAUCAGUCUUGGCAGCCCGGGGCCUGGACCAGCUGAGGGUGGAUAUUUCCUGCACCAAGAAAGGCGAUUCGUUUCGUGGAGACAAGGCCAGCCGGCAGCAAGUGAACCUGAAGCUCAUGGACAUGGUGGAGAUAGCCGAGGCCCAAGAGUUGGGACAACCGCACUGGGCAUCAUCGGACGAGGUUGGGUUGGACUACUACUUGUGCCAGUGUCCAGUUGUUUCGAGGGAGGAGGGGAAGCCGGAAGUGCUUAGCGCCAUCGCGGGCGAGUUCCGCACGCCUUCUUGUGUCUCGAAGGAAGACCUCCUCCAGAUCAACCUGUGGAUGGGGGCAAUGGAGACAACGACCAACCUGCACUACGACGCCAACCACAACCUUCUCUUCGUUCUCAAGGGGAGCAAGCGGGUCGCUCUGCUGCCGCCGGAUAUGACAGCCGGUGUUCACGCCAUGCCGGUGUUCUCCGAGUCCGCAAAUCACUCCGGGCUACAGCCAGCCGAAACGGCCGCAGUUGUCGACGGCGACGAGGCCGCGCGGAAGGGAGCCGUAUACGCCGAUGUGGCCGAAGGGGAGGCGAUCUUCAUUCCGGAGGGGUGGUGGCACCAGGUGUUUUCGUCUCGCGGCACUGUCGCCGUCAACGUCUGGUUCAAGGGUGCGCGACCGGCGCUGUGUGAAGGCCCCUCUAAACAUAUGAGGAAUUACUACCUGAGGUGCCUAAUCGAGUCUCUUCUUGCCGACCGGCUACGCGAGGCUACUGCUGGAGACGAAGAUAGAAGAGCAAUCAUGGCCGCGGCCGACAUCGAGGUGGCAACCGUGACGGGCGACCAUGCGCCAAAGCCCGCCGCUGACACAUCGGCUGCGGCGGCGGUAGAGCGUGAGUGGUCUCCCCUCCGCAGCCCAACCUCCACAGUCGAAGAGCGCAACUUGUACCUGAGAACCAUUGGGACGGACAGUAUGAAGGAGGUGAACGAUAUUGAGGGCAAAUUUAGCCACACAUGCGAAUUUGCGCUUGGAAGGAAUGCAUCUUGGUAGUGUUGCUUCGCGUGUUGACAUGGAAUAUCGAGCACGGCGGUCGUGCCUUACCGGAAAGGAGGUCAGAACGGGACAGAAAUUCCAACGAAGAUGACAAGAGAGAGGAAAGCCUCAACUGCAAGGGUGGCAAGGAAACAUUGGCAACGAACAGAGAACGGACGCGGCGGACCUAAACGCUGGUUGCAGUAUGGUAUUGUAAUACUGAGAAAUCUUCGGUUCUUGUGUCAUUGGGCAGAAGUUAGUGAUAGUUGUGGAGAAAACAAAGUCCAUCGGCGUCAACCGGCUCCCGCUUUUUCGUUUGUCGCUACGACCCUUGCCUCUGUAACAAUACAGUACCAUCAUUAUUCUCCGGCAGGUUGCGCUUGACUACCGGGACAAACCCGCUCGGUUCAAGCAAUCUGCAUCAUACCAUUUUCGUUUUGACAUUUCCCUUGCUAUAAAAGCGCCCGGGCUGACCGAGCCCGCGGCUGGGCGAUGUAGAUGGAGACACUUGACGCGCGUAGUAGACUUGGCGAAACAAGAUGCUGACCAUUUUACGUUUCUCCGGUGUUGUUUAUAACUUCCAACUCUUGUCUUGCCGGCCGUGUUUGCCGCUGCCUACACCUUCAUCUCGACACGGCACGAAAGGAGCUCCCUAGAGUAGCCCACGAGCGCCCGCAGGACUGGGCGCGGCUUGUUAGCGGCCUAGAUCCCCUCACCGCGUACGUGGUCACCACCCAGUGGGAGGCAGCAGGGGGUGCCGCUGGCAUGCCGGAAUUCUACGCUGCCAUUUUUGGGACUGGGGAGGAGAUGGCCGCGACAGGUGGCGGGGAGGAGGAUGGUCGAAAUCGGGCACAGGCGGCGACGGCGGCGGCAACAGUAGAGGCAACGGAGACGAGCGGGACCGUUCAGCUCGCUGGGAGUGAGGGGAUUGGCAGAGCGCAGCAGCCUGCUACUGGUGCUGCUUGUGAUGGCGUAAUUGUCGGUGCCGGUGGUGUGGGUGGGUUUGGUGUUGAUGGCGGUACCGCCGGUCAGGCUAGUUAUGGCAGCGGUUUGGCUAGUAGCGGCGAGGCAGCUGGCAGCGUAGCGUUAUUAGCGGGGCACGUGGGAGCGGGAGAAGCAGCAGCAGCGGCAGCAGCAGCGAUAGCGACGAUGAACACCGCGGUUUGGGGAGGAGACGGUGCCCGUUGUGAAGCUUCCCUGCAAGCACAACAGCAACAACUGCAAGCGAGUCAGCAGCAGCGGAAUGUUUCUCAACAAGAUGUAGAAGCUGGUGCUGCUGGUGUUGCGUCGCAAGAGGUUAGCGGUGUUGCUCUGCAGGAGCGGCUGGUGCAUUUGAGGGAGGCGUUCGCGAGGGAACAGUGUGGCGUCGUGUUGAACCGGGCGGUGGGGUGGUGAGAACAUUACCCGUAGACAAAUCUGCCAAUGGUUUGGAGAAAACCCCCUCGGAGAGCAGUUCGCCUUCAAUUUUCUGGAAACUACUCCGUUCACGAAGGAUAUGC